UGAGACACAAACACCACCUUACCCUGACGAUUCAGAUUGUGAAUUCAGAAACAACCCACUGACAUUUCCCUCCCUUGAAAUGCUCAGAUACAAGGACCACAUUUGGCACUGAUAUGAAGGAAGCAGGAAAGGAGCAUUUUUUAAAAAAAGUUGUGACGGUGUUUUGGUGACGUUAGCCAGUCACGGAUCUUGUGAACUCACAGCCUUUAAAACCACACCAGUGCUGGACGGCCUGGUUUUUCAUUUCCCUCACUUCUCCCCAAGAGUUUUCAGGAAGUUUGGAGGAGGGACAAAGCAGUUUCUGUGUUUUUAGUUAUAACGGGCCCCUUCAUGAUGGAAAGGUCUGCCUGGCUCUGCACAUAGAGCAUCCAGUGACUCUUCCCCUCUGCUGCUAACAGGCUUUUAGGCACUGGGUCCCCUUUCCAGACAGAGGCUGGGGAAGGGGAGGAGGAGGCAGAAGAAAGGGAAGGAGGCCAGCGCAGAAUGGAACUGCGGGUGCUGUUCAAUGCCCUGGUGACUCGGCUGCUCUUUGUCUUACAUUCCCUACUUGCAGUCUGGAGAGUGACUGAAGUGAAGAAGGAACCCAAAUAUUGGCUGCUGGCACUGAUUAAUCUUCUACUUUGCUUGGAAACAGCACUCACUCUCAAGUUUAAUCACGGCAGAGGCUACAAAUGGUUUUCACCAGCUAUAUUCAUCUACCUGAUUAGCAUUGUACCAUCAUUGUGGUUUUUGGAGCUUCAUCCUGAGAUUCAGUUUUGCUCUAACAAAACUGACUCAAUUGUGCAGAACAAUGGUAACGAAGAUCAGCAUUAUAAUAGAACUGAGACCAGCGACAACCCCUUACUAGAGAAGGCCCUGGAUCUUGUCAACACCCUCUCUGCAGUAUGUGAGCCAGUCUGGACCUUGGGUCUCCAUCAGACUUUUCUGCUACUGUUAAUCAUUGGGAGAUGGCUCCUUCCCAUUGGCGGAGAAAUUACCCGGGACCAGUUGUCGCAACUGCUUCUUAUGUUUGUGGGUACUGCAGCAGAUUUACUUGAAUUCACUAGUGAGACAUUGGAAAUAGAGAAUGUAAGGAACAAUCAUGUUCUUGUAUAUGCAAUUCUAGCAGUAUGGACUUGGAGCAUGCUGCAGUUUCCCCUGGAUCUUGCAGUGCAACAUGUAGAGUGUGGCCCCUCCGUCUCCUCCAAGAAAGUCUUUCGUUUGCUGCUCUGCAGACACAGCGCAGAUCUGUGGAACAUUGGCAUCAGUUUAUUCAUCCAAGAUGGCCCUUUCCUCGUCGUGCGCUUGAUCCUGAUGGGUUACUUUAAUGUCAUUACUCAGAUGCUGGUGUUUUUCACAGCUAAGAAUAUCUUAAGCGUGAUGUUACAACUGUACCGUCUUGCGGUGCUGUCAUUAGACUUUCAUGCCUCUCUGCAGUAUCAGUCAAACAGCCGGAAAGGAGGAGUUGCCUGUUGCCCUUGUGAGCCUAACAAUAUCAGCCUUCCACCCAACAAUUGUGAUACCGAUGAAAAGGCGUGUGCUUCCAUUCCUAUGGAAGAAGCCAUCCCUGCUGAAUGCCUGUGAACUAAGAUCUUUUAUUCUUGAUCUUCAGUCAUUUCCUCCCUGGACCAUUUUUGAAGGGAUCGGCAUUAUCUAAUGGCCCAUUCAGUUCUGACAUAUUUCCUGUCCACUACAUUCCGAAUGUUUGAUUCAAACAACUUGGAGGAAAUGCUGGAGCAGCAAACUUGCCUGAAUGGAAACACUUCAAUCCUACUGACUUAGCGUGGGAUGACACAAAAUCUAUAGUAUAUUUAUCCAAUAGGAUUAAGUAGAAGCAGUUUUGUACAACUUUUUUUAAAAAAUGUGAUUCAUUACUAGACUUGGAUAUUGACUAUGGACGCUAGCAGAAUAUACCCCCGAAAUUCAGGCUUGGCUCUGUAGCAAAUGACCUCUCUGGAGAACCAUUUUAAAUGUGACAACUGCACCGAAGUGCAAGUGAAUGAAAAGAAAGAAUUCCUUUUGCCGAUCUGACAAUGGAAAUUUCACAUUCAGUGAACACAAAGCCAGCUGGUUUACAAUUACAUCUUUCUUGGCUGGACUGACUGUAACAAUAUUAAGCCCGUGGAAGAAUUUCAGAAGAUCGUGGAAUUCUUUCUUCCAGAUAUAAUCAAAGAAGACAUUUUGACUCAGAUCUUGUUUGAUAUUUAAACUUACUAUGAUUCGUUUUACUAAAGACUUUUCACAGAAGACAUUUUCCCUCUUACAUUUUAGGGCAAUUUAGGAAUUUGCCUAGAAUGAUCUAGCCCAGGAAUGGCAAAAUGUGUCUCUGGAUGUUGCUGAAUGCAAUUCCCAGCAUUCGUAGAGCUGAUGGGAAUUGCCAUCCAACACUACUGGGUGGGGUUCACUUCCUCCUGGACCCGGUUCAUGACCAAAAUUGUUUUCAUGUCACAUAAUUAAAGAUUUUGAAAAGAAACAUAUUGGUAAAUGGACUAUUAGACUGAUGUCUGACCGUGUCAGACUGAACAAAUGGAAAACGUAUUCAUUAUUAUGAUAAUCACUACUAUAAAGAUUGCAUGCUCGCAAUAUAUUUUUUAAAAAUUGAAAACAUGCAAAGAAGAUAACCAAAUUGGUUUCUUCAACAAUUUUCAUAUUAAAAUAGAAAUAAAAUGAAGCUGUAUGUAGCAUAAAACGAUGCCCUCAUGAAAGGCAAUGAAAUCUUUACAGCUAGAAGUGACUCAUUUGGGCUGUAAUGAAAAGUUUUCAAUCCUCUUCAAAAAGGAGAACUAGAGUCAAUAACCUUCGCCUUACUUUCCUAGAGAGCAGAGAGCAGUCUGUUUAGUCUGUCAGUAGAGCUCUAAGAUAAAACUAAUCACUCCUAAGAAUACUCUGAGCAUUUUUUUCUUGAUAUAUUCCCUAACCUACAUUUGUUCUGAUAAUGUGAAUAUCUGUGUUUACACUGUUGGCCUUCCAUAUCCAUGGAAUCAACCAUCUGUGACUUGAACAUAUAUUUUUUUAAAUCCACAAAGCAAACUUUGAGUUUGCUAAUUUAUGUAAGGAACACCAUUUUACUAUUCCAUUGUAUAAAAUGAGACUUGAGCAUCUAUAGAUUUUGGUAUACAUGGGCAGCCUGGAACCACAUUGUAGUGGGUACCAAGAGCCCACUGUCUUUACAAGGGAAGAAUGACAAUUGAAUGAACAAUGAAAACUGUGAUAUCAAAAAUUACAAUAUUGUUCUGGAAUUGUUCUUAGAGUGAGAUUCUCGCCCCUACUGUGUCAUGAAAUUCACUGUGUGAACUUGGGCUGGUCACAUAGUCUGAGCCUAGCCUACCUCAUAGAGUUGUUGUGAGGAUGAAAUGGGAACAAAGGGAAACCAUGCAUGGUGCCUUGAUCUCAGUGGAGCAAAUGUGAGAAACAAAUGUAAGAAAUACUCACAACAGUAAGAAAUAUCAUUAAUAAUAAUAAUAAUAAUAAUAAUAAUAAUAAUAAUAAUAAUAAAACUUAUAAAAUAAAAGGUGUUCUUACCAUACAUCAAGGGAACCACUGACAGCAUAGGCAAACUGAUGAAGAAACACAACCUACAAACCAUCUACAUACCCACAAAGAAAAUCCAACAAAUGCUACGGUCAGCAAAAGACAAGAGGGAUCCUCUCUCCUCUGCAGGAGUCUACUGUAUACCAUGCAGCUGUGGACAAGUAUACAUAGGAACCACCAAACGCAGCGCCCAGACACGAGUCAAAGAACAUGAAAGGCACUGCAGACUCACUCAACCAGAGAAAUCAGCCAUAGCAGAGCACCUGAUGAACCAACUUGGACACAGUAUAUUAUUUGAGAACACAGAAAUGCUCGACCACUCCAACAACUAUCAUGUCAGACUACACAGAGAAGCCAUUGAAAUCCACAAGCAUGUGGACAACUUCAACAGAAAAGAGGAAACCAUGAAAAUGAACAAAAUCUGGCUACCAGUAUUUUAAAACUCAAAAAUCAGAAGAGUAAAUAGAAAGCAACACUCUGAAAACAGAAGAGUUCCAAGGGCAGCUAAUGACUCUGAACAAAGGAUGUCCCCAAGCAGGAAUAGCCAGGAGAUGAACCUUUCCAAUGCUAAUUAAGGUGAUUAACUGCAACAUUCACACCAGCUUUACAACUGACAAAGAGUUCUUCUCACACCCUGGACUUUCCACAGAUAUAUAUUAACCUUCCUUGCUUAGUUUCUCCAUACCUCACAACCUCUGAGAAUGCCUGCCAUAGAUGUGGGCAAAACAUCAGGAGAGAAUACUUCUGGAACAUGUCCAUACAGCCCGGAAAACAUACAACAACCCAAUAAAACUUUAUAUAUAUAUAUAUCGCCCUAUCUCCUCAGAGGACACAGAGCAGUUUCCUACAUAGCAGGAAGGAUACAAUAACUUAAAACCAUACAGCAAUUAAAACAAAAUACAUAUAAAUAGGAAUGCAUAAAAACAUUUCAUUAUUAAUACACAUAUCCAGGAAUUAAAACCAUUUGUUAGCUUAUAUGUGCUAAAUAUCUCCCAUGCCCAACUACGGCUUCUCACCUCUUCAACUCACAGCCUAUAUCCCUUUUAGGAUUGCUUUAGAUUAGGAUGGAGAAACAGCAGUGGCCAGUGGUUCAGUGCUGUGGGAGUCAAUAUCUCUUUUGAACUGUAGUGCCCAGAACUGGACAUAGUAUUCCAGGUGAAAUCUAAUCAAAGCAGAAUAGAGAGGCAUCAAGAUUUCCCUCAAUCUAGACACUAUACUCCUUUUGAUGCAGCCCAAAAUCCCAUUGGCUUUUUUAGCUGCUGCAUCAUACUGUUGGCUCAUGUUCAACUUGUUGUCCACAGAGAUUCCAAGAUCUUUCUCAUAUGGACUUUUGUUGAGCCAGACAUCACCCGUUUUGUAUCUUUGCAUUGAGAUUCCAGUUAUAGUUAUAGUUUUUGGAUUACAACUCCCAGAAUCCCCCAACUAGCAUUCUAAUGGAUUCUGGAAGCUUUAUUUAGUUUCCAGGCAACUUUCCCAAGCUCUGACUGUUUGCCCCUUAGGGCUAUUUCCAGCUUCUGAUUUAACAAUAACAAUAAGCUUCCUUCCCACAGAAAUCACACAUGCAAGGAGGUUAGAAUGAUAACCAAAGGAAUAACAAGAAAAAGGCUCUGACAAGAUGAAAAAAAGAUAUCCAAGAGAAGAAAAAAGAUGUAUGAAAAAGAAAUUGUCCAAACAUGAUAGCAAGGAAAAUUGCAUUGUUGAAUUUUGUCCCUUGUUACAAGUUUUACUGUGAAUUCACUGGGAGACAUUAGGUCAAUUGCUAUUCUUGCAGCCUUGACUCUGAAAAUAAACACAGUUUGACCAA